AUGUCCUGUUUCAGAGCAAUCGACCAAGCGAUUCUGUUGACUGCCAUAGUUGUGAAGAGAAAAAAAUUCUUAAAGAAGUUUAAAAAUCCAUGUUGGUUUGAAGAAUCAAAGAAAAUACUGCGAUGUCUUCCAUAUUUUCACCUUUUUGGCGUCUGUAAAAGUGGAACUACAGAUCUUUUUCAUAGAAUUACUCAACAUCCACACAUCCUGAAGAACAAGGGCAUUAUGGAAAAGGAAACGUGGUUCUGGAGCUGGAGACGAUAUGGAAAUGGGAACAUGCCUGGUGGUACCAUGUAUCUAAGUCAAUUUUCCAAAUUGUUUGAUUCCGAGACCAUUUCCAAAAAUGAACUGUCAGGCCCGGACGGAUCUACGUAUCAUCACCUUAUUACCGGUCAUGGUGAGCCUAUGGAUCUCUGGGAUCAAUCCUACUGGAAACUUAUACCUCAGAACGACCCGGAAGGAACGGAACCAAAUAUAACCACACCCUAUCUCAUUAAAUAUGUAAAUCCGGCAAUCAAGCUUAUACUUAUUCUCAGGAAUCCAGUAGAAAGGUUAUACAGUCAUUAUCUUCAUGGUAACUAUGGAAACAACACAGAUCAGUUUCAUGUUGACGUUUUACAAACCAUAAAAGAAUUACAUGUGUGUCAAGAGAAUCGUACACUACGAUCAUGUCUAUAUGACAGGGACAACAAAAAGAAAUUCAAGGUUCCCAUUUCUGCCAGUUUAUAUCACGUCCAUCUUCGAGAAUGGCUCAAAGUUUUCUCCAGAAAACAACUUCUUAUUAUCCGGAGUGAGGACUACAGUGCCAAUAUAUCAAAUACAUUACAGAGGGUCUUCACAUUCCUCGAAGUCGCGUCCCUGUCCCAGUCCGAGUUGCUCCGGGUUGCUGAAAUUCCACGACAGUAUCGCACAGCUCUGCGAAAUACCGCCGGGCCCAUGCGAUCGGAAACACGGAAAAUACUUCAGAACUUUCUAAGAGAGUCAAUAUAUCAGGUUGUUGAUAUUCUUCAGGAUCCGCGGUAUCUAAAAUGGAUGUGA